GAGCGGGGGCGGCCCCCGGGGGGCUGCGGUGGAGCCCGCCCGGCCCGAUGAGGCGCGGCCGAGGCCGGGCCUGGGCACGGGCCUGGCAGGACGCCGCCGCUCCCGGUGGCGGCCCGAGGGGGCAGUGAAGCAGCGCCGGAGCUCCCCCGCACCGCUGCCGCACCAAGGCGGCCGCAGCCUGCGGGCCACCAUGUCCCACGAGAAGAGCUUCCUGGUGACCAGCGACGGCUUCGGGGGCCAGCAACCGCCGACGGCCCCCCCAGCCUACCCUCAGCCCCCCUACCCCGUCGCCCCGUACCCCCAGCCCCAGUUUGCCCCCGCGCCCUACCCCCAGCCGGGCUUCACGCAGGGGCCGGGGCCGUACCCGCCGCCGGGGCCGUACCCCCCCGCCGGGCCGUACCCCCCCGGGCCGUACCCCCCGCCCGGGCCGUACCCCCAGGGCCCCUAUGGCCAGCCGCCCUACGCCCAGCCCCAGCCCAUGGUCCCUGGCGACCAGGACUCCCCCCUGCACAGCACCUACCACGAGGACGGGCCCCCCUCCUACUAUGACAACCAGGACUUCCCGUCGGCGCACUGGGACGACAAGAGCAUCCGGCAGGCCUUCAUCCGCAAGGUGUUCCUGGUGCUCACGCUGCAGCUGACCGUCACCUUCGCCUUCGUGACCGUCUUCACCUUCGUCAAAGGCGUGCGGGGCUUCGUGCAGCGCAACGUGUGGACGUACUACGUGUCCUACGCCGUGUUCUUCAUCUCCCUCAUCGUCCUCAGCUGCUGCGGCGACUUCCGCCGCAAGCACCCCUGGAACCUCGUGUCCCUGUCCAUCCUGACUGUCAGCCUGUCCUACAUGGUGGGGAUGAUCGCCAGCUUCUAUGACACCGAGGCUGUCAUCAUGGCUGUCGGCAUCACCGUCGUCGUCUGCUUCACCGUCGUCAUCUUCUCCCUGCAGACCAAGUACGACUUCACCUCGUGCCGGGGCGUCCUCAUCAUCUGCCUCGUCGUGCUCGUCCUCUUCUCCAUCCUCUGCAUCUUCAUCCGGAACCGCAUCGUGGACAUCGUCUACGCCUCGCUGGGGGCCCUGCUCUUCACCUGCUUCCUGGCGGUGGACACGCAGCUGAUCCUGGGGAACAAGCAGCUGGCGCUGAGCCCCGAGGAGUACAUCUUCGCCGCGCUCAACCUCUACACCGACAUCAUCAACAUCUUCCUCUACAUCCUCGCCAUCAUCGGCAGGGCCAAGGAGUAGCCCCCGCCACCUCUCCCGCCCCGCCACUCCCCGCGGCCCCGCCCCGGUCGGGAUCCCCUCCCUGUAGCCGGUUUUGUUGCCGUUUUGCCGGUUUUGUUGCCGUUUUGCCGGUUUUGUUGCCGUUCUCAUCGCGUUCCCCGAUGGUUCCUGCCCCGCGGGGGCUCGCUGGUGCGGGGCUGGCACGGCCCCCCCCCCGGCCCCCUGCUCCUCCCCGCUGUGAAUAAGAUUUAUUCCCCCCUCCCCCCUUGCGUUGAACGCGGACUGGAAGCACUUUGGAACCCCCCCUCUGUCCUGUCCUGUGCCCACCACGCUGUCCCCUCCCUGUCACCCCUGUCACCACUCUGGCCGCGCAGGCAGGGGCAGUGCCGGCAGCACUGCAGAGCCCCCGAGCCACUGUCCCUGCCUGUCCCCACCCCAGGCCCCCCGAGCCACAGUCCCUGCCUGUGGCACCUCCAGGCACUUUCCCACAUGGAUGUACCCCUCGAGCCACUGUCCCUGUCUGUCCCCAAACCCCCUGAGCCUGUGGCACCCUCAGACCCUCCUGCUCCGAGCCACCAUCCUCACGUGGAGAGGCAACUCCCAGACCCCCCCAGGCCACCAGCCCUGCCCAUUCCCACCUGCCUGUCCCCACCCCCCCGAGCCACAGCCCAUGCCUGUGGCACCCCCAGUCCCCUCCCCGCGUGGCCGAGGCCCCAUCCCGGUCCUGCUGUUAAUAAAUUGUCUUGUUCAUCUC